GCGACUAUGACCGCUUUGCUCUAGCGCCGGCGCGUGUGUGCCCGGACGGCGCGAGGUCAGGGGGUGGGGCAUGUCGCACAGGCUGCUGGCGGCGGCGGUGGGGAGCCGGACAGCGGCUCUGCCACUGGCCGCGCUGUGGCGAUGCGGCCGGAGCGCCUGGGACCACAGCACGGCCAGAGUGGGCCUGAGGGCUCUGGGCACCACCCGACAGAGUCUCCAGGGAAUCUACUUUCAGCAGCUGGUUCUGCAAGGAAGAGUGACAUCAUUUUCCCAGUGGCUGUAUUCAAAAGCUCCCAAAGGCUUUGAGAAGUAUUUUAAAAGAAGUGGAAGAAGCGCAGGUGAAGAAGAAUCAGCACCUCCAAAGAAAGAUGAACCAAAGGAUCAUGGAUUCAGAGGAAAUGGUGGCAAGAAAGGAGGGAAGAAGGAUGACUUUGCAUGGUGGAAACGGAUACAGAAGGGAGAGUUCCCUUGGGACAACAAAGAUUUCCGUAAUCUGGCUGUCAUGGGAGCAGGCUUCACUGUAGGAUUUUUCUACUUAUAUUUUCGAGAUUCUGGAAAAGAAAUCACUUGGAAGCAUUUUGUACAAUAUUACUUGGCCAGAGGACUGGUGGACCGACUUGAAGUUGUGAACAAACAGUUUGUGCGAGUGAUUCCCACUCCUGGAGCAUCUUCUGAGAAAUCCGUGUGGUUUAACAUCGGCAGUGUUGACACAUUUGAGAGAAAUUUGGAAUCUGCCCAGUGGGAAUUGGGAAUUGAAGCUGCCAAUCAGGCAGCAGUGAUUUAUACCACCGAGAGUGACGGCUCUUUCUUAAAAAGCCUGAUCCCCACUUUGCUUCUGAUUGGGAUUUUCCUCUAUGCUGUGAGGCGAGGCCCAAUGGGAGUAGGACGGGGAGGACGAGGAGGAGGCCUCUUCAGCGUUGGUGAGACAACCGCCAAAAUCCUGAAGAACAACAUCGAUGUGCGGUUUGCUGAUGUGGCGGGCUGCGAAGAAGCCAAGCUGGAAAUCAUGGAGUUUGUGAAUUUCCUCAAGAACCCCAAACAGUAUCAGGACCUCGGAGCCAAGAUCCCAAAGGGGGCUAUGCUCACUGGUCCUCCUGGUACUGGGAAAACCCUCCUUGCCAAAGCGACUGCAGGGGAAGCCAGUGUUCCCUUUAUCACUGUGAAUGGCUCCGAGUUCCUGGAGAUGUUCGUGGGAGUUGGGCCUGCAAGGGUUAGGGACAUGUUUGCAAUGGCUCGAAAAAAUGCUCCCUGUAUCCUAUUCAUUGAUGAGAUUGAUGCAAUUGGAAGAAAACGAGGUCGUAGCAAUUUUGGAGGGCAAAGUGAACAGGAAAACACUUUGAAUCAGCUGCUUGUUGAAAUGGAUGGAUUUAACUCCAGCACCAAUGUUGUGGUACUUGCAGGCACCAACCGCCCAGACAUCCUUGACCCAGCACUAAUGAGACCAGGGCGCUUUGACCGUCAGAUUUACAUCGGACCCCCUGAUAUAAAAGGCAGAUCUUCCAUUUUUAAAGUCCACCUUCGUCCACUGAAAUUGGAUGAAAAUAUUGGCAGAACUGCCCUGGCUAGGAAACUAGCAGCUCUGACUCCAGGAUUUACUGGUGCUGAUAUUUCUAACGUCUGUAAUGAAGCUGCCCUGAUUGCUGCUCGUCAUCUGAAUGCUUUUGUUGAAGAAAAGCACUUUGAGCAGGCCAUUGAGAGAGUCAUUGGAGGCCUUGAGAAGAAGACUCAGGUUCUCCAGCCCAAUGAGAAGGCAACUGUAGCCUAUCAUGAAGCUGGCCAUGCGGUGGUGGGUUGGUUCUUGGAGCACGCCGAUCCCUUACUGAAGGUAUCCAUCAUCCCCCGAGGAAAGGGGCUGGGCUACGCGCAGUACCUGCCCAAGGAGCAGUACCUCUACACCCGGGAGCAGCUCUUUGAUCGCAUGUGCAUGAUGUUAGGGGGGCGGGUGGCCGAGCAGCUGUUCUUUGGCCGCAUCACGACGGGGGCUCAGGACGACCUGAAGAAAGUCACACAGAGUGCGUAUGCCCAGAUUGUCCAGUUUGGGAUGAGUGAUAAAUUAGGCCAGAUGUCAUUUGAUUUGCCCCGGCAAGGGGAAACCUUGGUGGAGAAGCCAUACAGUGAAGCAACUGCGCAGCUCAUCGAUGAGGAAGUGCGUCAUCUGAUCAACUCUGCCUAUUCCAGAACUUUGGAAUUGCUGACCCAGUGUCGGGACCAGGUGGAAAAGGUGGGAAAGCGUCUCCUGGAGAAGGAAGUACUUGAGAAGGCGGACAUGAUUGAAUUGCUGGGCCCCCGGCCUUUUGCAGAGAAAUCUAGUUAUGAAGAGUUUGUGGAAGGCACAGGAAGCUUGGAGGAGGAUACUUCCCUUCCAGAGGGCCUGAAGGACUGGAACCGAGAACGGACAGAAGAAAGCGCCGAAAAACAAGUCCAGGAAAGUACUGUCUAAACCAGUUGAGGCCUCUAAGCAUUUGUCUCUUAUGCUUUGGGGGAGGUCCCUACUCUCCUUGCUCUACUUCUGGGGCUGUAGCCUCCAGCACUUCUGCCUAUCAAGCAGGAAAGUUUUGGAAAGCAGCUGCCAGAAUCACUGGAAAGUAAAUUAAAGCACAUUAUAAAUACCAAUGGGUGUUUGAGAAAAGGGCUCUUUGGAACAAACCAGGAUUCCUCAUUCCUGAAACUUGCAGGGAGUCAGUGAACUGGUAUCCAGCCAGGGAGGUAGCUGAAGAAAAUAACCGGCAUUUGAGUGUUGUGCAGGUCCUAGUUCUCAUCUGUAUGUGAGCAUGGGUCUAAAUGGGUGAGGCUCGAGGCACAGGGGAGGAAUGGGCUUUAUUUUUAAUAAGUUGCAGCUCCCAUUUGGAAAACAGGCCUUCCAUCUAUUCUCCUCUAGGAAUAGGAGAGGCUUCAGAAUAGCGCUAGGGAGCUAGAAGGGGGAAAAGAACAUUUGUUCUUCCUCAUCCCCUCCUCAUAAAUAAGCAAAAUAAACAUUUGGGAAAGAGGAUUUUUUUUUUACUUCCUUGGCAAUUAACUUCCUUCACUUGUUCCUCAUGAAGACUUUUAAAUCUGGGCUAAAGUUUCAGUGUCCAAGACAGAGAGGAAAUUAUUGGACCCCAAUAACCCCAAGGAACCCAAGUAGUAGGAAGAAAUGUUUAAAUUAAGGACAGUUUAAAGCUGUUUGACAGAGGAAAUUACUAGAUUUUGCAAAAGCCUCUUUUUUUUUUUUUUUUUUUUUUUUUUAAGCUAAAUCUAUCUAAACCAGAGAUCAUCAAUUGUGAGGAGCAAUAGCGUGUUGAGGGUAGAGGGCGAUGAACUCAGUCACUAUUUAUCUUAGAUUGUCAGAGCUCCCUGACACUACAUCAUUUUGCCAUGGCUGUUGCUCUGAAGAUGAAGAGUACAGUUCUUGUUUUUAAAGAACUAUUUUGACUUUCUCCAAGAAGUCAGGGCAGAUUUUAGUAUUCGAGGCCUUCAUUCCAGAGUACUAUUUACUGAAUUCUGGCACAUCUUUUGAGUCUCACACUAAACUUUGCAUAGCAUAUUGUACUAGCAGCAAGGGCUUGCUCAGUUUGGGGCCUGGAGGCUCAACCAACCAGACUCCUGCCCGGGUGUCUUUCCCACAAGGUCUUAUGUUCUGUUACUCACACUCACCAUCAUGGAAGCCAGGUUAGGAUUCCCUGAGGAAGUGGAACUGAAUGGAACCUCUUCCUGCCAAGACUGACUUGCCAGAUUUCUUAUCCUCACCUCCUUGUAUUCCUGCUACUGUCUUUGUUUCUUUUGAGAGAAUAGGUGACAUCAAGCACUGCAGUUAAUUAAUUCUUUCUCAUUCUGAGUCGGUCCUUGAUCUGCUUCUUUCCUGAUGUCUUAAAUUGAAAGAGGCACACAUUCUUUUACUUCAUUCCUUUUCUGUGAAAAGCAAAGUGUUUGGUUUGGGAAAUCAUUGCAGAGUUUAGAUAUUUGAAGUAUUUUGUCUUCAGAAACAAUUAUACCAUAAAUGGUGACCAGGCAUUUGGGAACUAGGAAAAUGCUUUUCUUUUGACUCAAGAUUUGCUCCCUUAGUUCCUUUUUCCAAAUCUCUUGCCACAGGAUUAAAAGUUUAAAAAAAAAAAUUAAAGCCUUUGAAGAAUUUUCCUAACACAGAGACCCUAGUACCGUACCUGAAAAAUUGUAAAAAUUUGAGACAGUCAGUCUUGAGAGACUGAUCCAGUUUUUAACCCCUUGCUUUCUCAGAAGUUGGUGAAUGUCCAAGCCAUCCGGAAGAAAUGAUGGUCUCUUUUCUAAAGAUUGUUAGGGGAAGAGAAGCUGUUGCCUUUUCCUUAACAUCCCAUUCCUUUUUUUAAUUCCCCUCAACACCUAAGAACUUCUGGAGUGAGCUUGUUUAGGGAACCCAGCUGGACUCAGCUUGCUAUAUGAGAAGCUGGGGGUCCAUGGCAGGUCAGAUUGGGAGUCUUGGGCCGCUUGGCUUCCAUGCUAAUGUUUUAGCAGCUUUUUCUGAUCACAAUUAGACUAGAGAAAACUUUGCCUGAGAAAAGCUUGGAGAUGUUUGUUUUAUAUUUUUCCCAAAACAUUUCUUUGAAAGGGAAGCAGCCUGACACAAUGAAAAGAACAUUGAAAUUGACUUUUAAGGAUGUGGGUUCUACUGCAGCAUUGCCACGAAGUGCCUUUGUAACUCUAUAAACUAGGCUCUUCUCCAGGGAACUCUAAGAUGGAGAGGUCUCCAAAAGCCCUUACAGCUCUGAACUUGUGACCUGCUGCUCCAAACAAUUGGACUUGUCGGGUCUGUGGGAGCUUCUAGCCCUUAGACCUCCAUUUGCCAGAUAUCUAGGCAAAUAGAGCCUCUCAAUUUUGAAUUUCCUACCUGGAAUAGAUAUUUUCAAUUUAUUUGUUAAACAGCUUGGCUGAAUUUGUAGAAUGGUAGAUUGAGUCCAUUUGAAAUUGGAGCUGACUUUCAGGAGUGUCUUCUCAUGUUGGCCACUCUUAUUUGGAGUAUCAUACUCUGUACCUUUACUCUUUAUAAUUUAAACUGUUUCCCUGUAUAAGAAAGUAGGAGCAACUGAUUUCACCAUCAGGAGAUGAUCUGGCUCCUUUGUCUGUUGUUUCCUUUGGCUGUGAGGCAGCCAGCUCCAGGCACUGCUGUGUCUCGUGGCCCACCUCCUCUUCCCCUUCUCUUCGGUCCCCCUUAUCUAAGUGCUCAGUGACUGCCUCACUAUCAGGGCCAUGGAUACUUUAUAUCAUGUGGUCAGUCAAGAUCUGCAUUUUAGGGAAGGUCAAUUUAUUUAGCUCUUUGAAAGGGAAACAGAAAAACCAAAAUAUAGCAUUAUGUCGCCCAAAAUGUCUUAAAGCAGCGUCCUUCUUGACUGCUUCUUCCUGGGUAUCAGCUAGCUAGCACAUACCCUUUGUAGGGAGUGAAACUCUGUCUGAGAUGAAAUACCUAGAAAAUGUAGCUCUUCCAAGUGAAUAAAAUAGAAGCCUUGCAAGGUUCAUUGGGUAAGCUAUAUAACAAAUGAAAUGGGAAGGCUGAGCAACAGUAAAGGGGUGUUUGCCAUAGCCUGAUGCAUGUUAUGAUUUAGGACACUAGGUCCUCUUAAGACAAAUCCAAACCUACUUCUCAGAAACAGCAUAUACCCAGCUCUCAUUGCACAUAUAUUAGACAGUUUGGCAUUUCAGUAGGAGUGAAUUUUGGGUUGUGCUAUUUAACAGAAAUGCCUGCGCUAGAUUGGGAAGGACUUGCAACAAGUAGGGUAGAAUAUGCUUCUUCCAGAAAGGUGGUCUUGCCCAUCUCCACGUAAGCACCCUGGACAGAGGAAGCUGUGUGCCAGCUGUCGUGACUUUUAAUAGAUAAGUGACUUGUUUGGAAAUAGAACUAAUGAUCCUUACAGUUCUCUACCUCAUCGGAAGGGGGAUAUAGGAAAGUUCAUGAACUAGCAGUGGCCUUAAGGAAUAUAGUUUUCUCGGAGCUACUUAGAUGAAUAAUACUUGCAGCAUUUUUCCACAUAGAAACUUGCUAUUUUAAAGCCAGAGCUCACCCCAUGGGAUUUGACUACAGGAAGCUGUCAGAUGUUAGGGGAAGAUUUUCUUAGGUCUCUGCCUGACAUGCUGCUUCUCUCAUGAUUAUCUCUCAGCUAAAGAGAUCACGUGUGAUUCUCUAUCUUUUAUUAAGUGUUUGCUCUGUCCCAGGCAUCUUGAAGAGCUCCAGAGGUAUUAAAAAAAAAAAAAAAAUGGAGAAGGUGGGUCAGAAAACAAUGGCUAUUUGAACUUGGCUGGGAUGUUAACGUUCCAGUGGUGAAGCAGCUUAAAGCCAGUCUUCUGGUGAAGGCUAGAGAACUCUCAUGUUCUUUUUGAUUCUUUCCUUUUAAAUGUUUGAGUCUCAUGUUGAAGUUUCUGAGCCUGAUCCAGACCUUAAUCCUGAACCCAGGGGUCAAGUCUGGCAUAAAGUCUCCCUCUGAGACUCACAGUUCCAUGUUCUGUUGGCUCUCUCCAAAUAAAGGACUAUUAAUCAUUGAUUUUCUGUCCUUUCUCUCCCAUUCUUUUAGGAGGAAGUCUCCUGUGGUUAGGGACAAGAGUAACUUUGGCAUUUCUUUCUAAACUUCAGUGAUUAUAAUACAUCUUGGCUAAGAGAACAGCAGAAUCAUGCCAGAUGAAAUAAAAUUUAUGUGAUUCUUUUUUAUACACUAGUAGUAAGCUUCAGCAGCUAUGCAAUGACCCUAAAUUCUUUCUCCGUGGGGUAGCUAUAAGACUUGUAAUAAGCUUGAUUUCCUCUUUCCUGCCCAUUGUGAUAGGAAGCACAACACCUCAUUCUCAUUCCUGAUUUUUAUGUUGUUUUGGACAUGUGUCCUUCCCAUUGUAAAUUAUCAGCAUAUCUAGUGUCACUCAGGAGGUCCCAUUUCUUGGAUUCAUUUCUCUUGUAUUUGAUAACAGAUCAUGGUCAUCCUUUCCAGUGUUUGCCACCUUGUGUGACCUUGGGCAAAAUCACUCAUCUCAGUCCCUUCAUCAUUAAAAGGUAGGGGUUGGACUAAAAGGCCUUCCAGGACCCUCCCAGUUUUAGAUCUCUGCGCCUGUGAGCUCAUUCCUGCAUCGGCCUCUCAGCUUCCUGGCAUCCGCUGCUAUUGUCAACAUCAGCCACCAAAUGCCAAGGUCCCAGUUCUUCAUCAUCUAGGCCACCUCUCUUUUCAAGGUCCUCAUCUGGCUCAUCAGACUCAUAUUAUAUAUAUUCAAGGUCAUGGCCCUUUAUUCAGGCGUUGCAUGAAAUAAUGACAAACAUUCCCAGUUUUGUUAGCCAUUUUAUCUAGCCAUUCCUGGCCUUUUAGUAAUUGCUUAUCUUUACCUUUUUGUUUUAUAUCUUCCUCCCUUCUCCCCCCAAAACAAAACAAAACCCAAACCAUUCUUUGCAUCUAGAGUAUUAUUUUUCUUAAACAAUUAGCUAACUCUAAAAUUUUCACAUUUCAAUUUGGGGAACCCCCCUCAUUUACUUUUUCAUGUGUGGUUAGAGAUGGAGGGAGAAAAAUACUUAUUCUAAUCCCUGUACCCUAUGAAAUGAUACUUUGUGUUGUAAACACUUCAAGCUAUUAGCAAUGGCAUUCCACCAAAUAAAAGGGGAAACUGGAAAGCAAACUACAAACAAGUUAAUGAAAACACAAUAAACGUGAAAUAAUCGUAAA